GAGUGUCGAAAGAGGCGAUCUGUGGCUCUGCUCCGAACUGUCAGUCGUCCAGAUUCGGUAAGGGACAUGAUACUUGGCCGAAUCCGCCUCUGAAGUCCACUCACUCUUAAAACCGAUGCAAGCUGACGGUUUCACAAUGGCUCAUAUGUUCACGUUAUCGGACGACUCAGACGCUUCUGAAGAGCUAGGAGACGCAGACCAGCCAGAAGCCAGUAAGAGAGCUGAGCUGCCGCAGUCUGGGCAGCACUCCCUUGCUCCAGAGAGAUUCAGAGAGUCAAGGCAGAGGAAUCACUCUAUGAAUGAGGAUGCCCUUCAGGAGUCCGGGGCUGGGAGACAUGGAGAUGGAGCUGCAGAUGGAGACUCUUUCCGCCGUCGCUGCCGCUCGGCCCCCCCUGCUCUGUGGGCAGCAAAGAAAUAUGGCAGACAGCUGAGGAAGAUGAGUGACGAGUUCGACACCUUGCUGGACAAAGGGAUGAAGAGAGUGAGGAGUGCAGGUACAGCCCGUCAGAUGCACACUUCCCCCAGCUGGUUUGCCUUUCUCUGGAGCCACAAAGAGUCAGACUCUGAGGCCAGCAGCAGUCUAACAGCACCAGACACCCGUCCUGCAGAGUGAACGAACAACGGAUUACGGGAGUGAAAGAUGGCACUGUUUUUGUAGAAGUGUGUGUACAGGAAAAGAGAAAAUGGACUGAGAGCCAGUGGACAGAUGUGAAGGACUGAUGUUCUGUCUUGACUGGCUAGUUUAAAACCUUUGCCUUAAGUAAAUGGAUAUUAGAACCCCUGACCAAUCAAACAAUUCAGAAGCUGUCUUCCUAUGAACAGCAUUUGCUGUGUCUGAGAGAAUAGAUGAUGAUCCUUCCAGGGUCUCUCUUCUGGAACUGUGGAAAAACUAUGCAAAUCAGUUUGUAAGAAUGAUCAGUUAGGAGCAUUUAGACAGUGUCAUUCACUGCCAUUUUCAAGGCAGUACUGUUAAGAAAUGUUUUAGAUAAGGCCUAAUAGAAUCAAAACUAGCACUUUCAAGUGCUAUUACCUUUUUUAAUGGAUAUAGCCUUAUGUACAGGUUAUGAGAUUAGUUAUUUUUAACAAAUGAACAUCAAUGUGAAGAUUCCUGAAGAUAAAAGAAACAGGUGUUGUAUAUGAACUUUUUUAAAAUAUUGAUUUUUUUGAGACUGCUUUGUAAAAACAGUGUGACUUUAUAAUUGUACCUUAUUUCUAGGUUGUAUACAGGGUUGAUAAUAAGGACUUUGGACAAUUUUUGUGCUUGUUUAAUCUUUUCCACUAUCUUUGAGCUAUAAAAGAGCUCUUUCUGUGACAUGAGAGCAUAAGGGCUCCAAGGUAAACCACAGUAGUUGCUAAAACAAAAAUUUCAUAGUGGAAAAAAGAGCCUUACUAUCAUCACUGGUGUUACUUGAAAAUGUAAAUAUCAAAUGCCUUUUACUGCUUAACAUUCUAAGAUUAUUAUUAUUAUUAUGACUAUUUCAUAAUUUUCAUUACCACUACGUUGUAAAAAUAAAAAAAACUAGUA